AAUGGGAGCCAAUAAAUUUGCUGAUCAGUAUCUAAUUAAUCAAUAUAUCCAAUAGCAUAAUCAAGCAUCCAAAAAUGUAUUAGAGAAUGAUUAACUAUAUAAUUACAAUUGAUGAAGAAUUGAAAGACACAAAAACAUAAAUAUAGUAAAAUAUAACAUUAUUAUCAAAAGAUAUCCAUUCAUAUGUAGUGAAAUUUUUAGCAUUUAAAAUUAUAAGCUAUUAGAUUAUUUAUUUGAAAGACCAGAAGAAGGAAUUGAAGCAGAUGCAGAAAUGAUUCGAAUUACAUUAUUCGAUCAAUUGAUUAACUUUCUUGACUUUGAUGUUUUCAAUAUGACAUCUGCAGGUUAUUUUUCAAAAGUAUUCCUUGCUAUAAUUAAGAAACGAGGAUAUGAUGUAUCAUAUUAUUAUUCAAAAUUUAGGUAUGGACUCAAAUUAUUAAUAAUAAAUAUAUUAUAUCUAAUUUAUUAAAACACAUUGAUUGUAAACAUAUUGCAGAGAUCAUUGAAAAAUUAAUACUUUUAGAUACAACUUAAGAAGUUACAGAAGAAUCAUUUUUUAAUGAAAGAAAAACAUUAUUAUAAAGAAUUAUUAUAUUGAUGUAGAAUAAAUAUUAUUGUUCAGAAAUUGUAGAAAAUAUUUGUGAUAUUCUAACUGAAAUCACAUCUAAAAAUAUGAAUUGUUUAUAUUAUAAUAAUGCAGAUAUUGUUCCAUUUAUUGAUUAAAUUAAAAGACCAGAAUUACUAUUUGAAAUUGCUAUCAAAACAUAAAAGCCAUAACCAAUAUAAGUUCUCAUCAAUUUAGUUGAAAUGACUUCUAAAGAAUCAAAAAAAGAAGAUGAUGAUGAAGUUAUUCAUAAUAAUGAAAAAGAUUACUCAAUUUUUUAAAACAUAGUGUCUAAAAUACCUUAAAAUUUAUUAAGUAAAAGAUAUAGUUCUGCUCAUUUCUAAAAUUCUAAUUAAGAAUAAGUGUAACCAUUUGGAUUACAUAAAAUAAUGUUACUAAAGUUAAUUUAAACUUUCAUACAGUAUAUAUAAUAUAAAUAAUAUAUUAAUAGAACUACUGAUAUCUGUAUUAUUGAAACUCUAUUAAAUUCUAGGUUGAUAUAAGUACUAGAAACUAUUUGUAUUUAAUAUUCAUCUAAUAAUUAAAUUCAUAUCAUAACAGAAAAGAUUAUCAAAUCUAUUUUAGAUUUAAAUGAUGAAAAAUUAAUAGAGAAAGUUUAAUCUACAUUAAUGUAUAUAUUAGGUCUUUGAAUUUGGGUAGCUAAUUGAAUUUAUAGUUGAAUACCAUACAGAAUAAAAUGAUAAAAAGGGAUAUUUAGCUCUUCUGACUUCCUUAUCCAAUUAUCUGAUUGAAAAAUCAUACAAUAAAUCCAUACUACAAUAUUAUAAAGACAGUAACAUAAUAAUAAUCAAUUGUAGAUUAAUAAUGGUUUAAUUUUGUUAAAAAUAGACUAUGCAAUAUCAAUCAAAAAGAGAAAUCUUAUUUAUGUAAUGUAAAUCCUAAAGCUAAAUCAGAAGUAGCUGAUGAUUAAGAAUCAGAUAUUAUGUAAAUAUUACAAGUAUAAUUUAUUUAAAUUAUAUAGAAAUUUAAUGAAUCUUAUUAUGGUUAAUAGAAUUUAGAAGAAUAAUAAGAUUAAGAUAAUGAAAUAUAAAAAAAUGAAUAAGAAUUAGAAUUAAAAAAUAAUAAUUAAUAAUAUGAUGGAUAAUUAGAAGAAGAAGAUGAAAAUAUUUUAAUGGAUAUGAAUGAUGGUCAAGUUUGGAUUGAAGAAACCGAUUAAGAUAAUAAAUAAUAUGAUAAAAUUCAAGGAAAUAAUAAUAAUUAAGAUUCUUUGUAAAUGACUUCUGAAAAUAUGAAAGAUAUCACUUAAAUAGGAGACAAUAUUUCUUCUUUAUUCAAUCACAAUCUAUUUUGGAAAAUUGAAUAUGAUAAUUAAGAGGCAGAUGAUAUUCUAAAUAAUUAUUCAUGA